ACAUGCCUUGAGCUGGAACGCUACCUUCAGACAGAACCCAGGAAGAGUUCAGAAAGCUUUGGUGAGGACCUGGACUGUUUUCUUCAUGCUUCCUCUGCUCAAGGCCCAGAAGACAGCAUUCAGCCAUUGGACCCUCUCUUACUACCUGUAGAUAUGAGUACCUGUGACAAAAAUGCCAACCUGGACGUUAUUCUCUCAAGGGAUAAACUAUUGUCUGAGACUUGUCUCAGCCUGCAACCUACCAGCUCCUCUACAGAGGGCUGUGCUGCUGUUAACCAGGCCCAACUCAACGCAGUGACCUCACUAACACCUCCUUCCUCUCCUGAACUCAGUCGCCAUCUUGGAAAAACCUCACAAACUGUCUCUGCAGUUGAUGGCACAGUUACACUGAAAUUAGUGACAAAGAAAUCUACCCUCAGCUCAGUAAAGGUUGGUGUAGUAGCACCAGCUAACACAACAAAGUGUGCGCUCAGUGACAGUGAGCAAGGAGGGGCAGGGGCUGACACAUCCCCAGAAAACAAGAAGAGGGUUCAUCGUUGUCAGUUUAAUGGGUGCCGUAAAGUAUAUACAAAGAGCUCACACUUAAAAGCGCACCAGAGGACUCACACAGGUGAGAAGCCUUACAAGUGUUCAUGGGAAGGGUGCGAAUGGCGUUUUGCACGAAGUGAUGAACUCACACGGCACUACAGGAAGCACACGGGAGCAAAGCCCUUUAAGUGCAGCCAUUGUGACAGGUGUUUUUCAAGGUCUGAUCACCUUGCCCUCCACAUGAAGAGGCACAUCUAAAUAACAGGGAACAUACAGUGUGACCCAGAUGCAGUUUAGACCAUAGCGUCAUGGGGAGAAAGGUGGAACCCAACUGCCUGUCUCUUGCUACCUUCCAGAAGAAGAGAGUUUGAUCACGUGUAAACUUCUAUACACACACCAUGCAGUAAAUGCUGUCAUGCACUCAGCUGUACAUUCAUCUGUUUCCAAUGCCUUGCCCGUCUGAAAGGCAGAAGACAUGUGAUUAGGAAAAGGGAUGCAGGGGAAGUCUUUAAGACACAAACAGUUGCUUACAGCACUUCAGAACUUGAGAUUUUUUGCUCCUGUUUAUUGCCAAUGAAAAUCAAAGCAGAUGGAAGAGGAUUCCUCGCAGGUGAACAGCAUAGAAGCAGCAUAUACGUAACUUGCUUCUUGGGAGGGGGGAACCUAUUCUGGACUUGCAUAUUUGUAGCACUAACUUUUCUUUUGAAAUAAUUUUGGAGGGAAAACUAAUGACCUAGAAAAACCAAAUUCCAGUUUGGUAGCCAAAACAUUACUGUCUUGGUUCCUUUCUGUCAUUUUUGUUUUAAGGCACCCUUACAUACAAUGAUACAUCAAGACUCCUCAAGAACUUCUUGAUCUGCUCUGUUUUGUUUUGUUUUUUCAUAGAACUGAGCUGUCAAGAUCUGUUUAAAUCAGUACCAAUGGCCUUAAUUGGCAGUACACUCUGCAGCGAUACCUAGGAUACACCUACCACUUUUCUUGCUUCAGCUGGUAUGGACUUUGUCAAGGAUAUCUAUAUCUGUAUAUAUAGAUCUAUCUAUCUAUAUAUAUUGUUUUGUUCUGAUCCUUAAAUUUUUAUAUUUGGUUAUUGCACAUCACGUGUACAAAGGAACUGUGAAAACUGCUGAUAUGAUUGCAUAAUGGUUGACAAGCAAAAUCCCUGAGCAAGAUCACAGUAUAUCUUUGGAGGCAUCACCAUAUUGCCAUAGUUCAGACUUCCUAUUUAAUUACCUAAUGAAAACUUGAAAGAAAGCUUGUUUGAAGCUUUGGACCUUUUCUCCAAGUUUCUAAGAACUCAUUUACACACACCUGGAUAUCUGUCUUGGAUUCUCUCACUCAGGCAUGACUUCAAGUUUUCCUUCUGCACCACGGGGAGCAUGCUUGUGGCAAUCCACAAAAAAUGGUUAGCAAUUCUGGUUGUUUGUUGUUGCUAGCCCUUUUACCUGGUGAAAUAUGUAAUAAUGUAUACGUGUGUCUGGCACCUGCAAAAGAAAUAUUUUGGGUUGAGCAGAUCCAUAGAAAUACUUACAACCAUGUAAGUCAUGAGUGGAAAAGUGAGAACCUCUUCCUUUUAAUAUUAGUCUUUCUCUUCUAAAGGAGAAAAUGCCUACCUAGAUUCUCCUUUCCCAUUUUAUUAAGAUGGUGUAAUUCCCACUUGUCCAACACAUUGCAGUUGAAUGAAAAGAUUGGCUUUUUGGUCAGCAUGGACUUCUUUCCAAACAACUAAUUUAAAAAAAGUAGAUGCAUGGGUCCACUUCAGCCAAUGGUUGUACUACUUAAUGAACAAUGGAGGUAUCAGGCUCAUGCUUGGAUCUUGUAGAUAGUUUGAUGGUUGUGGUCAAAUUAGAUUAUUUUUUUCUGUACUUUACUUACACAUACACACACACACACACACACACACACAUCCCUCCCGCUGUAUAUGCAUAAUGUUUAUUUUUAGCUAGUUGGAGCUGGCACUAUUCCAAAGACUGCCUUUUCAAACUAUCUCUCAUGCAGGUAAAGAGGUAGUAAUUCAGAAUGGCUGUGUAUAGUUAUUUGGGACCAUCCCUGCAAGAUGUGCUGAGAAAUGGAAUGGCCUGUAACUCUCCUGGUUGCUACACUUCCACUCACUAAACUAGCUCACUGCCCUACUUUGGACUGUUUUGACUUGUUGACUGUUCACUAAUUUCCUAAUUCAUGUUUAGGAUGCAGAAACAUUAAGGUAACUUUUUAUAUACAAAAUAUCUAUAAAUAUAUAAUGGAAGUACAGACACAGGGAUUCAUAAUACUUAGCCCUUGGGGUUUCCUUUCCAUCUGUGAUUUCAUUCAGCUACUGAGGUUCCAAACAGUUCCCUACUUGGGGUCAGAAUUCCUGUGUAUACUGUGACUAUCAGUAGCCAUUUAUGUUGCAGAUACAAGGUCUAGCCCUUAAUGAUGGGAUGAGAUACGGACCAAAAUCUAAAUAAUCUUUACAGAGGCAAUUAAUGUUAGCAUUUAAGAAUAAGGGCAAGAUCUAAGUUUUAUUCCAAAGAUUUGUGGUGAAGAAAUAUUGGAGCAUUGUUUGCUGACAAUCUUGUAGUUCUCUUUAACUGUGUUUGCAUCUUUUCUGUUCUACCAAGGUAUUCACUGGGCAUUUUGAGAACUUUGUAACUUGGUGUUGGAAUAUUGUGUGACAGUUUUAGAAUAUAAGAGAAGAGAGAAGACUGAACAUCUAGACAAUGUAUUAGCUGAAAAAUCUCUACUGUCCAAGAAUUUUUGCUUUCUUGUAAAGUCUUACAUAAUGUGCAUGCAUGUAUCUGUGUGUGUGUAUGUAUAUAGAUAUGUAUAUGUGUAUAUAUAUAUAUAUCUGUGUGUGUGUGCGUAUGUGUAUAUAUACUCACACACACACACAUAUAUGUAUCUGUCAUGACAUAGUCCUUAAGUAAUACCCAUAACCUACAAUAUUCAGUUCUAUUGUAUCUAGAAUUUGAGAACAUCUACAAGAGUUAGUGGCAAAUUUAAAAUACGUUUGCUUUCUUAAAUAAUUUGAAGCAGAUGGGAAUGGGAAACCAGAGCCAUCUAUCUCUUAUUGACAUUAGAAGUCUUGAAAAAUUCUCUAUUGAGUGUAACAGAACUUGAAAUAAUCUGGGGAGCAAAAAGCUUGUUGCUUUUCUCCUUGUUCAAAGUAGAUUUGAACUGAAGUAUAGUAACUUCGGAGUAAGCUAGCUACAUCAGAUGGCCUGUCCCUGAGUAAAUGUGGAAGGGAUCUGCUCUCAGCCUGUGAGAUGAUGAACCAGGAAGAGAAGCUAUUCAUAGCGAAGGCAUGAGGCUGCUGUGUUCCCACUGCAGACUAUAUGGCUAUUAACUGGCCAGCAGUACCAAAUAAACAAACAAACAAGUAAAUAAGUAAGUAGCCUAUAACUUGGUGCAGCAAAUCAAUCACAACUUAGCCAUUGGCCUCUGCCCCUAUUUUGCAAUGUUUGCCUGUAAGGCUGAUAGCACUUGGCAGGGGGAGCCUCUUACUUCCCAGUGAACCCCCUCAUCCACUGACAGUGAUAGGAUCUGUCUGCAAUCCUAAUUAUACUGACAGCCUCACAGAACCGGGGCAGGGGGGGUAGGGAGGAGGAGACAUGAUUCUGGACAAAGAGCCUUAGGAAAUGCAAACACAAAUGGUAAUUUGUUCUUGAGAUUUUCUUCUGACUGCUUAUCAAAAGAAAAUCACGUGCAAUGGUUGUGCCAUACCAAAAAUGAUUAAUGUUUUUAGUGGGUUCUGUAUUUCUAUUACGAAUCCAACAGAAAUUGAGAGAGAGAGUGUAAAUAUUUCAAGAACUUAAUUACGCCAUUUAUCACACCUUAUCUUGGCUUUUACCAUCCCUGUAAAAGGAUUUCUUAACAUAGCAGUGAUGGCUAGCUUCUACAACCCAGCCUUUACGAAUGCUCCCAAGGAGAGGAAAUGGCAAGGCAGGAGGCCGUACCUAAUUUCCUAGUCUCGUAUAAGGAAGCUUGGAUAGAAAAUGCAGGCAAAGGCCAGAUGUAAUAGGAGGCAGCCCUGCCUUUGAGCAGUAUUCUCGUGGCUUCAGCAGCAGCCGUGUGCUGCAUCCUGUUUUCACUGUGCCAGUUUACAAUAUACUCCGGAAAAUUUAGAAUCUGUUAAUUGCAUGGCAUACUCUAUAUGCUAAUUUGUACUACUCAUUUCUGAUAGACCCCAUGAUAAACAGGUUCAAAAGAAAGCUCUGUUUUCUUUUUAAACAACAUUUAGUGGAGGGGUGUGUGUGGUUAUGUGUGUAUGUGUAUGUGUGAGUUAAGGAUUUUGCCUUUCCUUGCUAAGAUAAGAUACCAUAGUGGCUCUCUUCAGAGAAAUGGCAAGAUUUGACCCCCAACACCUUUCAGCAACAAGGAUCUCUCUCUCAGUGGGGAUAGAGCAAUGCUUCAUUUUUCUUAAAAGCCCUCGAACAAUAGGGGAAAUGUAUCAAGAAUGUAUUAACCUGCUGUAAUUUCAAAAGCAUACUAAAAUACUCUUGGAUUUUGAAAAUUAAAGUUGGCCUACUCAUAUUUUUAAAUUAACCUAUGUUUAUAUUUUUAUUUGUUGAUUGGGCAUAAGGCCAAAUUGCAGGCAUACACUCCCUUGUUCUGUGUAUCUGUACAUGUGCUAAAGUAUCUGGACUAAAAUAACCCCAUGUAGAUGAACUGAAAUCCAACUCUGUUUGGUGUAGUAAUCAACAGUCCCUAUUUCUGUCUCAUUUGGUGAGGGCCCUUACUACUGACAGUUUUAAAAGAAUGUUGGCUUAUUGGGAACAAUUUUGCCUCUGGGUAUCUUUAUUGUAUACCAUGAGAGAAUAGAGUGAAAACUGGGGAAGAAAAGUAUUUACAAGAGUACCCUGAGUUUUAUGUCACAUGGAGGGAAGUGACAUUAAAUAGAUCUGUCUCCUGGGACUGUAGUGUACAAAAAUCAGCUAUCAAUAUAGCAUACAAUUUCUUGGACACUUUUUUUUUUAAUUCCUACAUGACAGACUGUUACCUGCAUAAAUAAAUCUGCAUGGUUGUUAGGUCCAUGUGGAAAGACAUUCCUGAAAGUAAAAUUUUUACACAUCUGUCCCUUAAUGUUUUCAUUUAUUGUGUUACUAUUUCUUUUGGCUAAGUUAAAUAAAUGGUUCCCUGGAAGGCCAUACGGUCAGACCAGAAUAUAUAUUCAUUCAUUCAUAUUCCAGUAUAUUGUUAUCUGUAUUUUGUGCAUUUCUGAGCUCUGUGUUUGCUAAUCCCCGAACACCAAAAAUUGUAAGACUGGUUUUAAACACUAAUUUGUUAUUGAUCCUUCACUACAUGAUAGGCAUUGUAUUAUUUUUAAUUUUUUUUAGUUCCACAGAUAUAAGGAAAUUUGUGUGAAGUUGCUCUGUUCUAAGAAAAAGUAAACAGCACAUGAACACUGUAAGUAAAUACAUAGUAAAGACCUUUUCAACAAAUUGAGAAUACUAUAAUCAUACCAUAUUGAAAACAGUGUUUUGUUCCAAAAUUAGCACUGUGUAAAGAGAAUAUUUGAGUUUUUUUGAAACACUAUAGAAUACCACAAAUCUUGUUUGAGCAGAGAUCCUUGAAAAACUGUACAAGGUAGUAGCAGAAUUGUUUUCAUCCCAACUCCUUCCUUGUGGGAUAUGCCCUGUGUUGCCCUCUCUGCCCCUUUUCUCUUAGAGUUAUGCUUCCAAUGGGAAUGUGUUGGGGCUCUACUCACAUACGGUUUGUUCAGGAUUCAUCUGCACUUGGAGGAGUUCUGCAUCAGAGUUGGGUUUAUGCCCUUUAUCUGGCUGCCAGUUCCAUGGAUGCCACAUACUUUGAGGGCAAUAGGACAAGGCUAGAAGCCUGGCUGCACAAAUGCUUAUAUGGAAAGGUUAUAACAAAUAAAUAACAUUUCUGUGCAUAGAAUGGACAAGUUAAUAUUUCAUCCUUGGUGGGGAGAAAUACUGUCCCCAGUCCAGAGUCAUGCACAUGCCAGGGUCUGCCUCUUCCUCACAAGGUGCCUAAGGAUGGCCCUUACCAGAUUCAUAAGCUCUUCUGCUGACUGUUGUACACAAACCGGAUAAAGUGAACAAUAAAUGUUUAGAUGUCUUGCUCAGCUGGUCAAGCAGUUGCCCUUUUUUCCACACACUCAUGAGAUAUGUGGGGAAAACUGCAAAUCAAUCAGAAGUCAGAGUCUGAAUUGGGAAGGAAAAGGUGGAAUCUCACCCCAAUCUGAGCUUAGCCAAAGCCCUCCCAAAUUUGGGUGGGCUUUAUUGCCAGUCUGCACAAUCAGGUCAUUUGCUGCUUCUAAAGCAAGCUUAUUCUUGUGAAGGAUGUAUUUUUGACAGGGAGGAACCAUGCAGAGACUUGAUGCAUUGAACUGGGAGGCACUGAACCUGGGAUUCCAGCAAAAUAUACAGUUUGAGAACAUGUUUAAGAGGUCAGGCGUCUCUCAGGUAAGACAUCCUGUUGUCUGCAGUAACCCUUCCCAGAAGUAGCUCUCAGUGCCAGCUCCCUCCUAAAUUUUAUUGGGGAAGGGAUGCAAUUAGCAAGUGGGAUUGUAUUAAACUUACAUCCCUCCUUCUCUACUGUUCUGCAAAACAAAACAGAAAACUAAUUGGUGGUCUAAGAAAGUUCAGGACAAAAUCCCAAGUGAAUAACAAAGUAGAUGAGCAGGUCUUUGCCCCUGAUUAGUUACAAUGCUUGUAAAAUUGUCUCAUGAUCAGGAUUAACUUCUGUUGCAUCAGUCCAAAGAUCUCAAAGCCCCCGCCUCCAGCCAGUUUUCCUGCCAUAGUUUAUACUAUAAGGAGGCAUUGGGUUUCGUGUAUUGGUGGUUCUUCCUCCCUUCACACAUAAUGUGCUCAACCUGCUGUAGCACACAUUCAUCAUGAAUUCAGCAUACGGUUAGAAAGAUCCCCCUUUUUUUCUCCAAGCAGCUGAUUCUACAGUGAUUCUGGUCUUGACUUAAAGACUGAUGACAUAUAUGAACAGCAUUAAUUACCUCCAGAACUGGAACCCUUGCAGAGAGGUUCCAGGAGCAUGGUAGGAGAAACUGCUCUCUCGAAACACUCCCCUUCUUUUAAUUUUUCUAAAGUUGUAUCAAGGAAAAAGCAUGUCAGAAUUUAGACAAUGGGUACACUGAAUAUUGCAUAUGGAAGUAAAGGAUUGGUGUAUUUGUUACAAAUUCACCAGAUCCUUUUUUUCAUUUGUGUGUGUGUGUGUGCGUGCGUGUGUAUGUAUUCACACACACACACACACAUACACAUACAUACAAACUCAGUCUUUUAAAAUAAUACCUGUGUAACCACCAACAACUCUUGAAGGACUUUCUUUUUGCACUACAGCUUUUCUUUCACCAGAUGUGUCUGCCAAGUGCAUUUGGAGGAACCUUCAGCCUCGUUCUCUCAGGUAUUUCUAGUACGGUGUUUCUCAGCCUUGGCAACUUUAAGAUGAGUGGACUUCCACUCCCAAAUUCCCCCUUGCUGGCUGGGAAAUUGUGGGAGUUGAAGUCCACACAUCUUAAAGUUGCCAAGGUUGAGAAACACUGCUCUAGUAUAUCACAGAAGUACCCAAAAUGGUAGCCCUCCGUUCUCCCUUUUU